AGCAAGUGUUGGCUCAAGAUUGGAGAGCUCCUUGGUUUCUCGGGCCCCUCUGCCUUUCGACCACAGCUGGCCCGCCCAGCAGCCGCACCGCCCAGACCGCGAUCUGCCCCGCACGAUGGCUCCGAGCACGUGGACGCCGGAGGAGCUGAAGAUCACGCGCACGCUGGUCUCGUGGCGAAAACGCUUCGUGGUCACAACGGAGCGGAAAGUCGACACGAAGAGCGAGACGGGGUACAUGGUCGUGAAGAAUUACCUCCAGUGCUUGGACACCGCUUUCCAGGUGUUCCAGGUGGAGCCCGCCUCGCGCCACUACCGCCAGUCCUUCACGCCAAAAUACCAGAGCAUAUGGGCUGGGCAGUCCCGCCUGCUUCGGGUGGAUGUCCUUGAGGCGAUCAACCAGCAGAUGAUUUGGAUGAACGGGUUCUGGUCCGAGCUCGGCCCGACGGCCGUGAAACCCGCGGGCCUCAUGCGUCACGCGUGGGCGGAGCUCGGGCGGCUGUUGAAGCGCCUGAUCGUGGAGCAGCUCGCCGCGCGGCCAUGGAGCAUGGAGUUGAAAGCGGAGAUGCGGUGCGCCUUGACAGAGCUCGAUGCCGCCUGGGCGAAGUUCGAGUGCGCGUACGUGAUGCAGGCGAUGGCCAUCGAAGAAGAGGCGCGAGUGCUGGUGGCGGAGGCGUGCGUCUGCGAGCGGGUCCUGUCCAAUGCGUCCCAGCGCCGCGGCCGCCGCGGCGGCACCGCGGCUUGGAAGAAACAACUCGGGGAGCUGGUGAGGGCGAUCAACUUGCUCAGCGCCACAGUCUGCGACGAGAGACGGAUGCGCGAUGCCGAUCUGGGCCUCGUCACGCGAGCCCUCAUGGAAAGCAAGUCCAUCCUGGAGUCCGCCAGGCUGCAGGAUCACCGCCAGAAACCCACUCCCGCACACGCCCUCGCGACCUGGGCGACAGACGCAUUCGAGGCUGUCCGGGGCUACCUGCGCAUCGCCUGGCACAACUUGGAGUCCGUGGACGGCGAGCUCGCGAACAACCCCGGCCUCGUCGCCAACCUCGAUCGUUUCCAAGAGAGCAUGUCCGCCACGGCGCGCUACCUCGCCGACCCGAGGCUCCUGCGCGGCCUGAGCUGCGCCGCCGCCUUCGCGCGCGCGGCGUGCGCCACUGCGCCCGAGCUGGCGGCCCUGGCCGCAGACUGCGACGCGGACUUCUUCGUGGCCCUCCCCAGGAUCGUCUGGCUGGGCUUCCUCUCGGCGCCAGACCAGACCAGCCCGCUGAUCGAGCACAUGCUGCCCGAGCUCUUCACCGAGCCCCAGGUCCGCGGCCCCGAGCUGCAGGCGCUCCUCGAGGCGUACGGCCAGACGGUGGAGAGGCUCGCCACUGCGACGGGCAAGGGGCUCCGGGGGCAGGAGGGGGGCGACCCGGAGGGCCACAGGCGCGCGCUUGACAUGUUGCUACAGCGUGUGGCGGUCGGCAUCGGCCAGGAGGGCUCGAGCGCCGAGGUGGAGGUCUUCCUGCGCCGCCUCGAGGGGUGGAGCAUGCGCCUGCAGCGCCAGCGGCCAGAGGUCUGGAACCAGCUCUCCGCCAUUCUUCACCGGCAUCUUCUCGGGCACGCGGGUGAGGGGUGCAGCGACUGCGACCGCGGAGAGCCGCGCCGCUUCGCACUAUGAGCAUCCCACAGCAUAACGGAGCUGACUGGGCGGGAGGAGGGGAGCGUUGUGGAAUAGGGGGUGCGAUGGAUGCUUUCCUGGGUACUACGGCUGUAGUAGCAAGAUCGGUGCUCCGCUGCCCAACUGCAGCCAGUGUAGACACCCUGAUAGCUCACCCUGGCACCGCGUGCUCUCGAGCCAUCUCCAUGGCAGAAAUGCCACCAAGUCCACUUCCGUCUCAGAAUUGUUUGGCGGCGCGUGAGCGCGGCGGGCAUUAGGUAUGAGGUGCAGGCACCGACGUGUCUGACCACCUCGCGGCAUCAGCCCGCCCACACUUCGGGCCCAAGCCCGCACGUUUUUUGUUUCGAACGUACAGUCCUCGGCGGGGGAAAGUAUCGGUCCCAGGAAUCAGGGGCCCUUGCUCACUCUAGCCGGUACAGGGGGAGG